AUGGAGUCAUCACCAAGAACAACCCACAUAGUCAUAGUUUCAGUCCCUGCUUUCAGCCACCAAGUCUCGAUCCUUGAGUUCGCAAAACGACUUCUCCAUCUCCAAGCCAACACCUUCCAUGUCACAUGCAUCAUUCCCACACUCUCUUCUUCACCUUCCACCUCCAAACCCUUCUUCUUCCAGUCCCUCCCUCAAAACAUUCGCUGCAUUUUCCUCCCCUCAGUGAACUUCCAAGACCUAGACAACAAUGGGGUCUCCGUGGAAGUCCAGCUACAGCUCUCAGUCUCUCGUGCCAUGCCCUCCGUGAGAGAAAACCUAAUAUCACUCUCCAACACCACUGAAAUCACUGCUCUCAUUGCUGAUGCCAUGUUUCCUGAGGCUCUAGAGUUUGGUAAGAAACUCAACAUCUUGUCCUACGUGUACUUCCCUUGCUCCAUCAUGACGUUGUCCAUUUUCUUUCAUUCUCAAAACUUGGAUGAAGAGGUUUCAUGUGAGUACAAAGAUCACCCUGGUUUGCUACAGAUUCCUGGUUGCAUUUCUAUUCGUGGCAUAGAUCUUCCAGACAGUGUGCAAGACCGAGGAAGUCUGGCGUACAAGCUUUUCCUUCAACGUAGUAAACAAUAUCUUAAUGCUCAUGAUGGUAUACUGGUGAAUAGCUUCAUGGAAAUGGAAGAAGAAGCAACAAAAGCAAUAUCCCAACAUGGUCAUGGUGAUUGCCAUUACCCUCCUGUGUAUUCAAUUGGCCCCAUUACACAAAGUGGGUCCAGUGGUUCAAAAAGUGGGUGUGAGUGUUUAUUGUGGUUGGAUAAACAGAAACCUAAUUCGGUUACCUAUGUGUCUUUUGGAAGUGGUGGCACACUUUCCCAAGAGCAGAUCAAUGAACUUGCAUUAGGGUUGGAGUUGAGUAAGCACAAGUUUUUGUGGGCUAAUUUCAGAGCACCAAACGAUAAAACAAGCGCUACUUAUUUUAGUAGUGAUGGGUGUUUGGUGGAUGAUCCUUUGCAUUUUUUACCUUUGGGGUUCCUAGAGAGAACCAAGGGGCAGGGUUUAGUGAUGUGUGAGUGGGCUCCACAAGUGGAAGUGCUUGGUCACAAGGCAAUUGGUGCAUUUUUGAGCCACUGUGGUUGGAAUUCGAUUUUGGAGAGUGUGGUGCAUGGAGUGCCAAUGAUAGCAUGGCCUUUGUUUGCUGAACAAAGAACCAAUGCAGCUUUGGUGACUGAUGGAUUGAAAGUUGCUUUGAGACCAAAUGUCACCAGUGGGAAUGGUGUGAUGGUGAAGAAGGAAGAAGUUGUUAAGCUCAUAAAGGCUCUCAUGGAGGGGUUGGAGGGUGAAGAAAUUCGUAGGAAAGUGAAGGAAGUGAAGAAGUUUGCUAAUUGUGCUAUGAUGGAAGAUGGGUCCUCCACAAGGACAAUAUCAAAGUUGGCACAAAAGUGGAAAAGUUUGGGAAAAUCUUUCUAA